UUCUGUGUGCUAUCUUAACUCAGACACAAAAAAAUGACCUCUAUUCGCCUGGCAGUGGUGGUCCUUGUUCUCCUUUGUGCCAUAUCCCUUGGCGAUGGUCUUCGGAUGUCCAAUGGGCCUAAAAAGUGCUGUUUUGAAUUUGCUGUUCAACAAUUGCCAAGAGGACGCAUUGUGGAGUACACUAAAACUAGCCCUCGGUGCUCAAACCAAGGAGUUCUGUUCAGAACCCAUGCAGGCCGACAGGUCUGUGCCAACCCUUCUGACAGCUGGGUGCAGAACUACAUGAAGUAUUUCGACAGAAAAAAUAUGAAAAAAUAAAACCAAUGAAAAACUGGAAUGCCACCAUCACUCAAACUGCAUACACCACCGUGCAAUUGAAUGUAAUUUGUUCUAAAGAAACUGAACUUACAACACACAUACUCAUAUUAACCCAUUAAGUACCAAAUUCAUUUUUCUUUGAAAACAAAUCAGACCACCAGCUGUAUUUAUGUAAUUUGAUGCAUUCUAAAUCAAUAUUUCUUCACAGAAAAAAAAAAAAAAUAUAUAUAUAGAAUUCUUUGUUUUGCCUCAAGACAGUCACACUAGACCAGUGAAAUUCCACUCUGGCUGUUAAACUCAUAGAAAAAGGAGCUUUAUCAUCCUAGUGGGGAGGAAAACAACAAGAAAUGGAUCAUUUACAGGCUUGCUUCUUAUUUUAUAAUGAAGCUUCAUAAAAGCCUCUGAAGGGCUAUAUUUGCUGAAUUAACAGUUGCAUUUAGAGUUGUGGUUAACAAAAUGAGUUAUCAUAACAAUAUAGUUAAAGAAAAAAUUAAAAUAACAGGUAGAUGCCAGUUAAAAAUGCACCAAAAAGUACAUAAUAGUUUGUCAACAAAAGAGGACAAUGGCACUUAAUGGGUUAAUAUUGACUUCUGUGCAUAUGUGUAGGUAAGAUAUUUUCCUUGGGCAGCAACUUGAUCAUACAGCAGAUGUAUCCAGAUAUAAGCUUUGAAUUAUUUAAUUUCAGUACAUUAUCUUUGCAAACCCGAUGUUUCUAUUUAAGAGAGAAUAUGUUUUCUACAACUUCAGUAUAUGAAUUAAAUUUUUUUGUUCACGAUAUUAACACAAACUUACUUAAUCUGCCUGUAUUACCUCUUUCUUAGUAAUUUUUUGUUCUUGAAUAAAGGCACCAUGAAAAAAGAAGAUUUAUAUUUAAGACAUCAAAAUAUAUUUUAAGAGCCACUGUGAAUUCCAUCCAUAUGGUAGAGAACUUAUGUUCCCAGGUUUUUUUUAUAAAUAAUAAACUGAUUAUUUCUUAUCUCAUGUACAGGGUUUGCUGAAUGAAAGUGAAAAAAGACAAAGCUAAAGUUGGAUGUCUAGUGUGCUUUUUCAGACAUUCAAAUACAUGUGCCCUUUCAAGAAAUAAAUGUACUGCUCUUGAAAUGUGUUAUUUCUACAAUAAAGGUAU